CACGCCGAUUCAGUCAAGCUCCAGCAUCCGUUCACUGAGGCGGCUCGAUGGUGCUACGCUCACCGAAAAAUCCCAGAGACGAGCAACGCGUUCGGUCGGUUGUUUGUGUGUGUCAGUGGGUGAACAGUGCGUAUGAGUGAUUUUCCGUGGCACUGAAGGAGGCCCAAAACGAACCGGUGGACCUUAAAGUUGUUGGGUAAACAACGGAAAGUCGGUUAAGCGUGGCAAGUAACGGGUUGCGGAUCGAAUAAACAAGGCCAAGAGCGAAUGUAUGGAAUGGAAUGUGCACAAACUGCAGAAAAAUUCAAAGAAAAAGUUACACAAAUAUUCAACAACAAAUCAAGCCAAAAAUAAGCAUCAACAUCAACCGGAAAUCAACUAAAUUGUCGUCACUCCAAUCAAGUGGAAAUUUGAUUAAAAAAAGGAGAGAAGGGAGGCCAAAGGAAAAUAACUGAAGGGAGAGCAGAGGAAAAUUUGAUAAAUUCGAAAAAAGGCAAUAGACGAGUCCGAGUGCGAGUGCGAGUGCGGAAGGAAAACAGAGUGCGGGUCUAUCAAAAGGUAGCAGCAAAGGAAAUCAACACCCACGCACAUGAACGAGUUUGUUGCACGGGUGCGGCAAAACAUUAAAAAUCAGCGGAGCGUGAAGCUUACACAAAGCUCAAAAAAAUCUAGAGUCCCACAUGAACAAAGCGAGCGAAAAAUACGUUGCACUGAAACACUAAAAAUAAAAACAGCAAUACAACAGAGUAACGAAGUGAGAGAACAAAUUGUAGUGCAAAAAAUUAAAAGAUUUCACUGGGGGAACAACUAAGCCAGCUCUAGAAGAAAGGCGAACAACAAGGACGAGCCAGCUGACGGCCAGGACACAUAAACGUCUUUCCUCUCCUUUGGGCUGGCGCACGAAAUUAAGUGCAGAUUAUCAGAAGAUUAUAUUUUAAUAGCAUUUCAAGCUGUUUCCUUUGGCCAACAAAGGCGAGGCAGGUCCUCCCCGAAAAGGACUCCGUUGGAGGACGCCUGACCCCAGGACGAGUGUGUAUGUGUGUGCUACAAGUGCGGCUUACUGCAUGAUUACCGCCAAGGAUUUUUCUCGGGCCUCCGUUUCGGGAUUCUGUGCCUGCGAAUAGCUGGGCAAACAUAUAAGCGUGCCAGAAAUUGAAAUUAAAGAUGGAAUUAAGUGUCGCGAGUGUAUGUGUCGGCUUAACAAAUAUUGUGUGAUAGUGCCUGUGAGUGUUCCUACACCGUAUCCCCAAUAUCGAGCAUACGCCGUGUGGCCCACCCUAGAAAGCGAAGCGGAAAUAGCAACAGAAUUAACUCGACAGAGAAAGGAGAAAUUGAGAAAAGAACCGGAGAACCAGAGAACUGCAGAGCUGGAGAACUGGAGCGUGAGGCCCAACUAAACAGGAGAAGUGACUUGCAAUCCGUCAAGUCAAGUACACCUAAUAUUGAGUUCACCGUCAGUUUACUCAAGGGAAGAACGGCGUUUUCAAGGGCUGAAACUCUUCUACCUUUUAAACGACCACCACCAUUUUACUCAACGAGCAAGGGGUAUUAAUAGUAACACGGAUCCACACAGACAUAUAAACUCCACCAACAAGGAUGGCAAAGACUAAAAUUUCGGGGCUGACACUCACAAAUAAAGGGCGAGAAAAGGCACAGCGAGACUCUGGGCAAGACUGCGUUGGAACGCCCACUUAUACUUAACGCGAAGGGGGCGUUGAUCCUUUCUGAAUUCUCCGAGAAAAUGUCGCGCAUUGUUUGGCUUGAGCUAUGCUUUAUUAUAGGCAAACAUCCGGCGGCGACUAAGCCAAGUCUAUUAACAGGGCAAACAAAGCCAGGCCGCCAAAGAGGAACUGAUUGCAAGGAAGCGAAAAGAAUGUAAGCAGUCAAAAAAAGGAAGAAAUCCGAAAAAGCUGGCAAUGAGAGGGCCAAGACGGCAAGGGGCGUGGGCCAGAAUUGAAACAGUUAGCUGGCAAAUCGGAUUGCGAAUCUGCUGUAUUGACACAAGGAAACCGUUAGCCGGCUUAGCCAGCAAGAGGGCAAAUUUAAAAUUAAAAAUAUAGCAAGCAAGCCCGUUUGAAAUCAAAGUGAUAUGCUAAUGCCCCAGUCGCGAAGGACUCGAAGUCGUGUGGCAUGAAUAUUUCAUGAGCGGAGGAGUGAUGACAAUAAGCCGGCUCCGGGAAUAAAAGACGCGCAGAGUGAAAUCAGGACGAUGACGGAGCUAAGACGGGCUAAUGGCCUGCACAAGCAGCACUCCCUGAGAGAUCGACAGGUGCAUCCCAUGCUGCACGCCUUGGCGGAUCACGGCUGCAACCUGAGCAGCGGUGGCAACAGUGCGGCCAGCACCACCAGCAGUAGUACGGCCACGGCCACCACAGCACUUGGUGGUGCCGGUGGUUUGGGCGGUGUGGCUGGCUUGAACGGUGGUGCUUGCAUAACAAGUCAGCGGAGCGUGGAGUUCGAUGAGCACGACAUCUUCUACGUCUCACCAUCCAAGCGAAAAGGAGCCACUUCAGGUUCCUCCGGCAAUGUGGUGACCUUCUCGAACUUCGUAAGCGAACAGCGCCUAACGCCCUCGUCGUCGAACCGUGGAUCCCUGAAGCGGAGCAAGGGCCGCUCCAAUCAGUCCCUGUGCAGCUGCGAUGCUGGCGACGAGGCCCAACUGGAUUUGCAACCGAAUGCGGCAAGGCCGCUGUACGAGUACAGUCUGGAACGAAAGCGUAAGACACACACAUACUCCUGCGAGCAGAAUGCGCAGAUACUUAUGAGACUGGAGCGCGAGCGUAAUCGUAAAUUAUCGCUGACUGGGAUGGAAACGGGAUUGGGAAUCGGGCUGGGACUUGGACUGGGAGUGGGAAUGGGAUCUGGAGGAGGAGCAGGAACAGGAACAGCAGCAGGAGGUGGAGGAGGAGGAGGAGACCCCCAGAGCGACACGCCCAGCUUGUCGGAUGUGGAUGUGAUACCGCCUGUGCCACCACCCCCAUCGAUGAAACGCAAUGGCAGCAUGCGCAGCCUGCGAUUGUUGCAACAUUUGCAGCAGCAACAGCAGCAGCAAAGCAGCCACAAUAACAACUUGUCGCAGCUGUGCAGCAGCGAUCUGUUGCAAGAGUGCACUAAGUCUGCACUGGAUGAGUGUACUGCCACAUUGCUCAAGUGCACCACAACUAGCAAUCACAGCAGUAGCAACAGCAACAGCAACAGCAAUGCGAGCAACAAUUGCAAUAUCGCUGCCAGCAUUAGUCACAAUAACAACAAUCAGGUGAAGCCGGACCUGUGCCAACCGCCCGGCCACGCCCACAAUCACAGGCAUAAGCUGCCCGGCAAUGCCACGCCCACCAGCAACCCGCCACCGCCCCCACCCCCUUUUGCCGCCCACGAGGAGGACGAGAUAUUCUCGCCGCACUCAAAGAAGUCGGACCCGAGCCUGUGCUUCCUGCCAGGCGGCGGCAAUACGUCCUCGAAAUACAAUACCAUUGGGCCGAGCAGCGAUUAUGCACGGCAUUUGGCGCACUAUAGUCGCUACCUGCAGAAGCAGCACCACCAGCAACAAAUGGCGCACUUUCAGCAGCAGCGCUGUCGCUGCUUCUCGCAGUCCUUGCUGAGUUUUCCGCAGCAACAGCAGCAAAAGCAGCAGCAACAACAACAGCAGCAGCUGCAACAUGCAGACGCACAACAACAUCAGGAGGCAGCCGAGCAGCCGGCAAUCUUUCACACCAGCAGCAUGGACUGGUCGCUGCCAAUUAAUAGUCGCAGCUUUGGCAAUUUGGUGAACAUCGACGGUUUGGGCGGUACUGGUGCUUGCCGUGUCCCGUACCAGAAAAUGCAUUCGGGAACCGCAGUUUCAGGUGGUGCAAUGGCCAACGGCUGCCUGGGCCUGGCCGCCUCAUCCACUUUUACGCUCACAUCCUUCGACAGCGACAUCGGACACGGCCUCAAAGAACGCGAGUCGCAGACAUCACUGCACCAUCCGCACACGCUUCCGCAUCCGCAUUCGCACACCCACUCGCAUCCGCAUCCGCAUCAUUAUCACGCCCAUGUGGGUGGUACAGCGGUGGGCGGUGCGGUCGGCGGAUCAGGUUCGGUGACGCCGCAGAAGCACCACCAGCUCCACUCGAGCGUGACGAGCAUCAUGCCAUGGAAGCACCGCCAGUGUCCCAGCAGGGGAUCCUCCAGCUCCGGCACGAACUCGUUCCGAUUCGAUGCAGCCAAGCACUGGCUGGCAGUGAGCUCCAUCCUCCUGAUAAUUGGCGCUGCCAGUGUGGCCGUGCCAUUGGCGCUACGUGUGGCAGCAAGUGCACCCUUUGAGGAGCGUUUGCGAGUUGCAGUUCAGCUCUUGGAUCAAGUGCCUUUAAUCGACGGGCAUAACGACCUACCCUGGAAUAUUCGCAAGUUCCUGCACAACAAACUCAACGACUUCAAUUUUGAUGAGGAUUUGCGCAAUGUAAUGCCCUGGGGUCGCAGCCAUUGGAGUCACACGGACCUCACGCGACUGAAGAAGGGACGCAUAUCAGCACAGUUUUGGGCGGCCUAUGUUCCCUGUGAGGCGCAGCAUCGAGAUGCAGUGCAGCUGACUCUGGAGCAGAUCGAUGUAAUAAAGCGGCUGACGGAUCGGUAUUCCCCGCAGCUAACUACUUGCAACUCCGCACAGGACAUUAUCGAUGCCCACAAGAACCAGCAAUUGUGCUCCUUGACCGGCGUGGAGGGGGGUCACUCCCUCGGGGGAUCCCUGGCGGUACUGCGCACCCUGUAUGCCAUUGGGGUCCGCUAUAUGACGCUGACCUCAACCUGCCACACCCCCUGGGCGGACUCCAGCUAUGCGGACGCGCCGACCUUCAACAUGAAACAUGGCGGCCUCACCAUUUUCGGCAAGACAAUCAUCCGCGAAAUGAAUCGACUGGGAAUGAUGGUCGACCUGUCCCACGUCUCCAAGGGAACGAUGAGGGACGCCCUGGAGGUGAGCGAGGCACCUGUGAUAUUCUCGCACUCCUCCGCCUACGAGCUCUGCAACACGAGCCGCAAUGUCCAGGACGACAUCCUGCGGGCGCUGGCCAAGAACGGGGGCUUGGUCAUGGUCAACUUCUACUCGAAGUUCCUCUCCUGCAGCGACAACUCGACCGUGCACGAUGCAGUCGCGCAUAUUAAUCACAUUAAGCGAGUCGCAGGCAUCGAUCACGUUGGACUGGGCGCCGGCUACGACGGCAUUAAUUAUACCCCCAAAGGACUGGAGGAUGUGUCUUCAUAUCCGACUCUAUUUGCUGAACUUCUUGGAGGCGGCUGGACAAUUGAUGAGCUCACCAAGCUGGCUGGCGGCAACUUUCUCAGAGUCAUGCAGCAGGUGGAAAAGCUGAGGGAUGACAAAAAGGCGGCGGGCGUGAAACCCUUUGAGGAUCAUCCGAACUUCCGCACGGACGACCCCUACAAUUGUACAUCCAGCUAAUUGGGCACCGGACCCAAGGACAAUGAGGUUGUACCAGAAAUGCCGGGGAAGUCCCCGAAAGUCACCGAACUCGUAGGGAAAAGCGAUGGAACUCCUGCUUCAGAUGUAUAGUAAAUAAACCUAUGUAGCAAACUUAAAAAAUAUAAACUUAACUAACGAUAUAAAUAAUUACGAUUCGUAUAAGGUUUAAAUAUAUAUUUUUAGGAUACAUAAAUAUGUAAAUGCCUGAUUAUUUGGCUACGGAAAUAUCUUCCCAUUCGCCCUGGUAAUCUAAUCGAAUUUCUUUUCAUUUUGAGACAAUCUACAGACUGCCAAGGAAAAACACACCUACUUUUAAAUUGCACCAGAGGCCCACACAAAAUUUAUGUAAAACUAAGUUAUUUUCUACCUCGAAUCCAUAUAGAAACCAGACUUUGUUAGCUCAUCUCCAACUGGACCAACAAACACUUCACUUCUCUUCUGUGAAACUUCAAUUAUUCCAAUAAUUUACAUGAAAACUACAUAUCAAGCAUGUAUUAAACUAAGAUAUUUAAUUAGCGAAAGUAUUUCAUUUAGCAUUUGAUCCAAUGCGAAUACUUAUGAGUGGGAAAGCAUACACUUAUAAAUAAUGAGUAAAAUAAUUGAAUACUUUAGAUUCAGUGGGAGCAGACGUAAAUGAAAUGUUUAGUUAAAUUUUUAAGCAGUUUUGGGGCGUCAAAACUGAAAGAAUAAAUAGCGUAAUAAAUACUAAAUUAGUUCGUAAGCAAAGUGUAGGCGUGGCACUGCCUGCUGCACGAUCAUUGUACAUAAAUUCCGUGGAGAAUACGUAUAGGAACAAUUUAUAUUGAUAUAGAAGUUUUCCAGCAUAUAGUACAUACAUACAUACUAUAUUCCUUUUCACCUACCACACAGAUACAUAGAUCUCUCAGUCAGUCUCUCUGUACCUUCUGAACAAAAAGAAAACACAACUUGAAAAUAUAGAAAAAUGCGAAAAAGUAGCCUAAGUAAACAAAUUAUACAUACUUAACUACAACAUAUUGCAAGCAAAAAGCGAAAAACCGAAAAAAAAACGAACCCAAGACAAAAUCAAUAAUUGUACAUUUUCUAAACCGAAACCGAAUAAUAAAUUGUAAACACCUUUAUAAAGAUUAUUAGCAUGAGAAUCUACUGUUACGUUUUGUACGACUUUGUAUGUGUAUAUAGCAUUUUUACCUAUACGCUAAUUUGUAUGGUCAUUAUAUAGUUUUCUAGCGAACGAUUCAAGCGUAUUAUUGUACUGGUGUACUGGUCUGAUGAGCAGAUUUGUUGGUAAUCACAUAGCUAUAAGUCUGGCCUGGAAGGUCGAAAAUAAAUAUCUGUAAAGUUUAUACAUAUACGAAUAUGCUUAGACCUAGGAAUAAAACCGAACUAGAAUAGAAAAACAUGCAUAUAUACACUACAGUUCGAUUCUCCAAAUGUCUUUACACUUAUUUGAUCUUCCCUCAGUUGGAAAUUAAACAAAAGCAAACACUCAAUCUCAGACACGCAUAUGUAAAACCAAAUUGUAGUUAAAAACUUGAAAAUGGUAAAAUGAUUAGCGAAUAAAACUCUAAAGGCAAACCAACUGCAGUAAAUAUAAAACCAAUUAAAGAAAA